AUGAAGCUCAAGGCUCAUUCAAAAGGUGGCGUUCGAGCUGUUAUCAUCUGUCAUAGCCAUGAAUUAUCUGGUCAAACAUACCGAGAAUGCAAAAAGUUUGCCAAAGAGGAAAAGUUUCGUAUCAAGUUAAUGACAAAACAUCUUUUAGAAGGUUCUGAUUUUUCAAAAUUUCCUUGUGACAUACUUAUAUCCACGCCCCUUCGGUUACGCUUGGCUACCCAGAGGAAAAAGCUUGAUCUCAGCAGAGUUGAGUAUCUUGCCCUUGAUGAGUCUGAUAAGCUAUUUGAGUCUGGAAUUGAAGAAGGAAAACUUAUAGCAAUUCGGCAGAGUUUUGCAGAGAGUCUAAAUCCUCCAGUAUGGGUUUUUGUCCAAAGCAAGGAGCGAGUCAAUGAGCUGUAUGGUGAACUUGCAUUCGACAAUAUUAGAGUUGAUGUCAUCCAUUUUGAUUUGUCUCAAGAAGAGCGAGAAAACGCAGUUGACAACUUCAGAGCUUGUAAAACAUGGGUUUUGAUUGCCACUGAUGUGGUUGCUCGAGGAAUGGAUUUCAAAGGCAUUAACUGCGUGAUCAAUUAUGACUUCCCAGAUUCUGCAUCGGCAUAUAUCCACGGAAAUGGUCGAUCUGGUAAUGCAUGGAAAUAG